CCAACAAGCGCUGCAGGCAAGACAUAACGAUCAGUCAUUUUCCGUAGCUAAACAUCAAGUACUGUUGUUCAUAACUAGAAAACAUUGCAGGUUCUUAGUAGCGAAAAUAACUGUAAAUGGACCGUGGAGGAAGAGGACGUGGAGGAAGAGGGAUUCGAGGUAAUCGUGUAGAGGACAAGGAUGUCCGCCUCUCCAAGUCUUUGUCCUUUGCACUGCGCCAUGGAGCCAAUCAAAUGGGACUUCACAUGAAUCCUGAUGGCUUCCUAUUUGUGGAGGACCUACUGGCUCAUGCACAGUUCCACGCCUUCUCAUUGGAGGACGUGGAGAGAGUUGUGGCCACCAAUGACAAGCAGCGAUUCAAGCUCCGCCCUCACCCUGAGGACGGACGGCUGCAGAUCCGAGCCAAUCAGGGACACUCUGUGCAGGUGUGUGAUCUGGACCUGAAGGCUGUACAGCAUGGUUCUCCUGAUUGUCCCAGGGAGGGAAUCCAUGGCUCAUAUCUCCGCAACUGGCCCUCCAUCCGCUCCGAGGGCCUCAGCCGCAUGAACAGAACACACAUACACCUGGCCAUGGGCCUACCGGGGGAGGACGGGGUCAUCAGCGGCAUGAGGAGAGACUGUGACCUGGCCAUAUUCAUUGACGUCCCCAAAGCAUUGUCUGAGGGUAUCCAGUUCUUCUGGUCGGAGAACGGUGUAUUGCUGACACCUGGGGACACUGAGGGGAAACUACUUCCCCGAUACUUCAGCCGUGCCCUAAAACUAAGACCCACACAGAGUAUUCUGCCACUGGAGUAGGUGAAGAGGGUUAUCUGUGCUUUGGAGGUAAAGACUUGGCUGAAUUUGUCACCAGACGGCUGUUGAUUUCCAGUUCUGUCUAGACUGUUUACUGGUAACCAAUACUGUUCAGGACCAGAACCCUGAAGACUCUGGGUGAAUAAGACUGAGACUGAAAACACCGUCAACAACAACUCAACAACAGCUCUAAUACCAUACAGUACAGGCACAGAGACUGACUGGUGUUCCUGAUAACAUUGUCACAUGACAAAGACCCAGAGGAUGCUAUCAGAUGGGAACCAGCAGGCACAAGCUGUGGGUUUGCCAACGGACAGUCUCAACUGCUCCACAGAGAUACACACACACUGCCUGCGUCUUCCUGUGCCGUCAGUCACAUUUCAGGAAACUCUGCCACCAUACUCUUAAGGACACAACCAUCAAGCCAAAUGUGUCAUCUGGAAAUUAUAACACCUGUCAACUGUUUUAUAUAUGUCAAUAAACAUAUUUAAUUCUGGAUUUCAGAAUUGACAAUU